CACAUGAGGGCAGCACUGGAGAGCUAGUUCUCCUUUAGUCCCACCUUCUCCAAAAACAUGGCUGCACCCAUGGCUGUCAGGCGAGAAUUAUGUUCUUUAGCAAGGAUAUUUAGUGGAAUCUCUUAUUUGGGACCGCGAGCUUUGGGCGCAUGUUCAGGUCACAUGAAAUGUAAUAUAAUCAGGUCUAGUCUCCCAUUGACAUCUAGCACUUCCUUCCACACAGCAACAGUGCUUUCAUCAACACCUUUACCAAUCACUGUCACAGAAGAGCCUGACACAUUGUUUCAGAAGGUGUCAGUGUUGGUCAAAGGUCAUGACAGGGCUGUGUUGGACAGCUAUGAAUUCUUUGCCACCAUGGCAGCUAAAGAGCUGGGCAUCACCAUCAACAAAGUUUAUGAACCUUCCAAGGACAUGGAGAGGUUUACACUCCUGAAGUCAGUUCACAUCUUCAAAAAGCACAGGGUCCAGUAUGAGAUGAGGACACACUACCGGUGCAUUGAGCUGUCUCACAUCACAGGCUGCACAGCGCAGGUAUACCUUGAAUACAUCCAGAGGAACCUCCCUGAAGGUGUAGCCAUGGAGGUGACAAAGACUGCCAUGGAGAAGGUUCCAGAUCACAUCCUUGAGCCCAUGUGGAAGGACCACCCCAUUGAUGAAAAGCCCAGCCAGUGAAUUCAGUAAUGCGCAACAGACACUUAUUGGAUGUCUUUUCUGAGACAUGAUUAUGUGUUAAUGGGGAGAUAAAUGGGAAGAUAUGAAAAAAAAUGCAAUAGUAAUAUUUGCUUGUCAUGGACUUGUGAACUUUGAACAUUAUCAUCACAUCAGAGUUGAACGCUACAGAAGGACUUACAUGCAUUAUGUCAGCUUGUAAUGGUGUGUAACAGUCUUCAUUUGCUGACAGUUGUCUUCUGUGUAACAAAACAGUGUGCGAUGUAAUUUUUAUUCCAAUGAAAACAUUCUGCAUUUAAUGACAACCUCUCACCUUUUUGUGCUGUUAUUUGGUGGGAAUUGUGAAUCUAAUGUUUCUUCACAAAUAUAACAAUCUUUGUUUAACUAUC